UUUACCUUCCGGCAACGAACUCAGCGGUUGCUGGGUUAAACAAUUUUAAAUUUUAAUAUCUACAAGAAAUUUGUGCUUCAGUUUUCCGUACGUUUCAGAGUGCGAAUAAUGCUCAAUUUAAAAACUCUGGUGUGGAUUUUUGCAACAGAAACGGAACGUCAUUGAAUGGAAAGGUAAUCGAAAUUUAUCGAAAUGCCACCGUACGGCCGAAGCACAUUCCACGUAUCGUAUGUUGGAAAUUGAUGGAAGGGGAUCACCGCCAACUAGGUACUGCGAGGAAAUUUAAUCGAUAGCAACUUGCCGACGGGCUUUUACCAGUAUUCGUUGCGUCGAAAGCGAAGCAAUCUGGGAUUUCCUGCAGUUCAGUGCGACAUUCCUGGGGGUAAAGAAGCAAAUUUACAGUUUCGGAUUACGUAAAAAUGCCUCCCAAAGAGAAGAAGCCAAAGAAAGCUAAAAAGGCUGUGCCGGAUAUUCAACCGGUGGAUGGACUGAGUGCCGUGGACCGCCAGUUUUUCGAAAUUACCAUUAACGAUCUGAACCAAAAGUUGGCGCGAUUGAGGACACACAAUGUUAAGAUUGAGGAGCGAAACGAGGAACUGGAGAGUAAGCUGAAGCAGAUCGAGGAAGAUCGGGCAGAUGUGACAGCGUUUUUGGAUCGAACGUUACAGGAAAAAUUAGCAGUAAUCAUAGAACUGGAAGACAAGCUGAGUGAGCUGUCGAAGGUGCGAGACCAGGAGAAUGAAGAAUGUCAGAAGAAAAUUGUCAGCCUAGACGCGAAGUACAAAGCCAUGCAUGAACAACUGACCUCAGAGAUAAAGCUACUCACAGGAAAGUUGAAUUCAAUGGAAGAAUUCCGCAUGCAGCGUGAUGAGCUGAUGGCGAAAUUCGACGCGCAAGAUACAGAACUCAAAGAACAGAGUAAACGACACAAAACGACACUGUACGAAAUGGAACGCAAGGUCAUACUGGACAAGGACCGCUUGCGAAAGGAUGUGGAGAAUAAACUGCUUCAGCUUUCCACGGAGUUUACCAAAUCUUCAGAGAUUCGAGUUGCAGCGCAUACCCAGAGGUUAGUUCGCGAAAACAUCGCAUUGAACAACGAAAUGGAUCGGAUGAUCUUCACCCAAGAACGAUUAGAGAAACAGUACGCUGACUUGAAGGCCCAAAACGGGGAACUGCGCAACCAAGCGGAAAUCGACCUGGUAGAGAAGCAACGUCUAAUGCAGACGUGUCAGGAACGAUUAGACCUGAUCAAGCAACUAGCCGAUCAAUAUGAACAGCAACUGCACAGAAAUGCCCAGCUGCACGCAUACAAAGAAAAGGCGGACGAAUUCGAAACUGAAACUCAGUCUACGAAGAAGGAAUACAACCACCUAAGGCAGAAGGUACGAAUCCUUGAGCAGUACAUCCACUUCAUCAAUACCGAUCGCCAAUCACUACGCAACGAGUCGGACCACAACCGGAAAGAGUUUGACCGUAUCUCGGAGAUUCUAAAGACCGUUCGCUUCACGGUUCGCUCGGCCUUCAAAGAGGACGAACUGGAAGACGAUCUGCCGUAUCAGGAAAUCAAGCGUAAGCGUCUGAUUGCGGAUCUUCUGAACACCUUGACCGAUUUGGAGUUGAAGCCAUUGGUGACGGUUUCCGUGGCGACGAUCCCGGAAGGUGCUGAAGGUUACGAGCAGGGUGAUCUCGGCGUUAUACCGCGCGAAACGAUGGAUUCGAUUAUCGCGAAGACGCAAGUUUCCUAUCUGCCUGACUCGCCUCUGAUCAGCUCGGACGCCACUUCGUUGGCAUCGGGUUUGGAUCAGGAAAGCGCCAGCUUGCACUACGCUUCCGGCAGCGAUGUGAUCCUCGAUGUGGUCAGUGGUUCGCAGUUGGUGUUCAAAGGAUCGGAAGAUACGUACGAAGAUCGAGAGUCGAAGCAAGCGGAAGAGGAAGGCGAUGAGGAGGGAGAUCAAAAGGCGGAUGAGGAGAAACUGAAACGGGAGGCUGGAGCUGACGCGGAUGAACAGCGAUCGGUUGGGGGUGAUGGAAGUGUGCAGGGUUCGGAUGUUCAUUCGACGGGAUCCGACAAGGAGCGCCCGGAGGAUAUCAUUAUCGACGCACCGGACGUCAUCGAGGACGAACCGAUUGAGUUUGGAACCACGAAAAGCGAUUCAGAUUAAAAUUUACGGUGUGAUAAUAAAUUGAUGGUGUGUUUCAA